AUGUCCUCCUCUUCCUCUUCAGCCUUCUUAAACUUCCUCUCGUUUACCGCGCAAAUUCCUCUCAACGAGGGCGAAGAUUUACGCUCCGCAGAAGCCAAAGGAUUUACAAAGACAAAGUUAAGUUCGACGGAAGAUUUAAAGCCUUCGUUCGACGGCUCGAAAUGUUUCUCGUACGCGUUGACAGUACCGAAAGGGACGACGCACGUCGGGGUGAUGGCGACAUCGUUUAGUGGGCGCGCGCUUAAAAUUAACGACGUGAAUGGGAACAUGUCCGUGGUUGAAUUAAUAUCCGAGGCGAAGAAUACGAUUAAAGUGACGUUACACAACAACGAAGGGGAGGUGGAAACGUCCUACGAAAUUCAAGUGAACGUGUCCGAAGAAGCGGCGAAGGACGGCGAAGUCGUCAUGAAGGAGAAAGAGGUGCCGAAAGAUACUAAAGCUGUUCACGCGCACUCGCACGACGGCGUGCCGUGCGAUAAGGACCACUCGAAAGACGGCGAGCACACGGGUCACGGGCAUUCGCAUCACGCGCACGGUCACGGGGAAGAAAAGAAAGAGGAACACGGCCACGGACACCACGGCCACUCACACGACGGCGUGCCGUGCGAUAAGGAUCACUCAAAAGACGGCGAGCACACGGGUCACGGGCAUUCGCAUCACGCGCACGGUCACGGGGAAGAAAAGAAAGAGGAACACGGCCACGGACACCACGGCCACUCACACGACGGCGUGCCGUGCGAUAAGGACCACUCGAAAGACGGCGAGCACACAGUCACGCGUUUUUGA